AAAAUCCAAGAUGGCGUCUCAAUCGCAAGGGAUUCAACAACUUUUAGCGGCAGAAAAGACGGCUGCAGAAUUAGUAAGCGCCGCAAGAAAACGCAAAACGAAAAGGUUGAAGGAAGCCAAAGAGGAGGCACAAGCUGAAAUUGAAAAUUUUCGUAAAGAGCAGGAGAAGGAAUUUCAAGAUUAUCAAAAAGACCAUAUGGGAUCCAAGGAUGAUUUUGUUCUUCAAGAUGAGCAAGACACAAAAGCAAAACUUGCAGAAAUUGAGAAAAGUGUUGAAGAUAAUAAAGAUGAAGUGAUUCAGCGUAUUUUAGCAUUGGUAUAUGAAAUUAAGCCUGAAUUACAUCAAAAUGUACGCUUGUAAACAUCUCUAAGAAUGACAAUAAUUAUUUUUCAAUGUUUUGGGUUUGCUUGGCAAUUAGAACAUUGAUGUUAUUAAUUUUCUGAUGGACUGUAUGUAUUCAGCUGCAAAUCUAGUUAGUAUUUACAUUAUUUCAAGAUGAUAGAGACAAUUGGCAUUUUUUUCUCCAAUGUAAAAACAAUAUUGGUAGUAGAUUGGUGGCUGAUUACGGUUUAUACAGCAAUUGCUAAUGUAACAUGGCUUUUAAAUCAUACACUUUUCAUUAAUUAAACCAUGCUGUAGUAUGCCCAUCACAAAACAGACAAACAUAUUUAUCAAAGAACUAAUAAAGAGAUGUAAAAGCAAGUUGCUUUGUUA